UGUGAGCACGGGGAGGGUGGUGGAAAUGUGUCAGGGGGGAAAUCACACUUGGUGACAUUUCAGGUGAUGUUCUCUCAGACCGUACAGCCAACUGCUGAUAAAAAUGCUUCACGGGUUUGUUUUCUUUUGUUUGUGCUUCUGGCGUCUCGUCGGUGUGUUUGGUGUUGAGGCAGAUGAAAUCGAGUCGGUGUCAGUGCUGGAGGGUGAUUCUCUCACCCUACCGACUGGUGUGAAUAAAAUACAAGAGGACGAUCUGAUAAUGUGGACGUGCGGUGACUAUUGUAUCGCUAAACUCAACAUAUCCUCCCAAGUCAUCUCUGAAACUAACAACAGAUUCAGAGACAGACUGCAGCUGGACAUUCAGACUGGAUCUCUGACCAUCACAAACAUCAGAACCACAGACUCUGGACUUUAUAAAGCACAGAUGAUUGGACAUAAAGUUUCAAAGAAAACUUUCAGCGUUACUGUCAUUGCUCGUCUUCCCAUUCCUGUCAUCAGUAGUUACUGUCCUCAAAGUCCUUCUUCACCAUCAGCGUCCAGAUGUGUGCUGCUGUGUUCAGUGGUGAAUGUGGGUCAUGUGACUCUCUCCUGGUACAAAGGAAACAGUUUAUUGUCCAGCAUCAGUGCGUCUGAUCUCAGCAUCAGUCUCUCUCUACCUCUGGAGGUGGAAUAUCAGGAUAAAAACACCUACAGUUGUGUGCUGAACAAUCCCAUCAGCAACCAGACUCAACAUCUGGACAUCGGUGAACUCUGUCAGCCAUGUUCAGAAUGUGUCAACUGUUGUGGUUCUACUGAAGCUGUGAUCCAAUUGGUCCUCUCUGCUCUGGUGGGCGUGGCUACUGUUGUUGUUCUGGUUUAUGACUUCACAUCCAGAAGAGCUGAACAGGAAAACAGAGCUCCGAAAUCAAACUGAUUUACUAUAACAAGAAUUUUAAAAGAAUAUCAUCAGUAAAACAUUUUUCUCUCUAUUUUUUAUGUUUUGCAUAAUAUUGGGAGAAAUCAUUUAAAUACUCUAUAAAUGCCCUCUAAAACAACAUGGCACGCAGCUCAUGAGUCUUGUGCAUUCAUAUUUUCACUUCGCAAUCAUCUUUUCUUUCAUCUACGCUAUAUGCUUACUAAACAUUUUCUUCUGUUUUUGUGGUCUGGUAAAGUAGGUAGCAGACCUGUUUCUGUGGCCUGUUAGCAUGAAAGCGUUUCUCAGGAAGUGUUUAGUUUUGCAAACUUGUGACUUCUGAAGAACCUGUCCUUUAGUGUCAGGACAUUGCCCCUUUAAUGUUGUUACCCACAGUGUUCAGAAAGUUUUCUCAGUUAAGCUACGGGUGUUAAACGUUGAACUUUACACACAUUACACACCUUUGUUUGAGAAACAAGUUUACUUUUUAAGCCACCCUCAGUAAAACUCUUGUCUGGUAGAUUGAGUCCUGUUCUUUUACUGAAACCUUGCUUAUUAUUACAUUAUAUACAGUACAUUCCUGGCGUGACACUUUCUCCAGUGCACUUGACUUGUUCUUUCAACACAAUUGAUGCACCAUUACAGUACAAGUAAUAGUGGUAAGUGCCUAUGAAAUUAUGGAAUUAUGUGUUUGUCACUGAGAGACUUAUUUUAAUAAUGCCAUUUAAUGUUUUCCUUUGUAUUAAAUGUAGAAAAUAA